UGGCGAUGGAUUGCUUCUGUUUGGUGACGUCUUUCAGGAACGUCCGUCGUGGGGAUUUGUCGACCGAAUUGGUCCACUAUGGCACCCGUCAGGCCGGCAGCGAGGUUGAGAGCCRGUGGUUUGGGGACGCGUGUUGAGGGGGUUUCACCUGUCGGAGGCAGGAAUAAGAAUGGGAAAAAGAGGACCUGGCGGCCUAACUAUCCUCAAGCUUUUUCGGGCAGCGUUCGCGAGGGGCAAGGCUUUGCAUUUCGGAGAAAACUAAAGAUUCAACAACAUUACAAGAAAUUGCUAUGGAAGAAAAAGAAGGCUCAAAUAUCACAGGAGUCCCAAUUCACAGAUCAGUAUCCAGAUCAUCUGAAACAUCUUUAUUUAGCUGAAGAAGAAAGACUCAGGAAGCAACUGAGAAAAGUUACCCAGCCUUUGUCAGAAGAACAAGUUGACCAGCCUUUGCCUGAAAAAGAGCAUAGCAUUGACCAGACUUUGUCUGAAGAUGAAUGUAGUGUUCAGCAGCCUCAACCAGAACAGUGUGGCAAAACGAAAAAUUCUGUGACUAUUCCAAAAAAGAAUAAAAAGAAAACAUCAAAUCAAAAAGCACUAGAAGAAUAUGAACGGAUACAAGCUAAACGUGCUGCCAAGAAACAAGAGUUCGAGAGGAGAAAAAAAGAGAGAGAAGAAGCUCAAAGACUCUACAAAAAGAAGAAAAUGGAAGCUUUCAAAAUAUUGAGCAAAAAGACUAGAAAGGGCCAACCAAACUUGAAUUUACAAAUGGAGUAUCUUCUUCAAAAAAUACAAGAAAAAAGUUAAAUCAGAAAUUUUUUUCCUAAGGAAAAAUGAUUAAGGGUUAAAUUCUGCAAAU